UCGACAGGUAUAUCUCAUAUCCAAUUCAAUUAAAUCGGACAAUUUAUUCAGUAGUCAAAUUUAGGGUUUCCAAUUUUGGUCAAAUUUAGGGUUUUAUAGAGAUGACCGAUCAAAGCCUAAGUACGGAUCAGGCUAUAGCUUCCUACGAAUACGAUUCUGUUGAUGAGGAAACUACCAUAGAAUUUGACCGUGUCGAAUUAGAUGAUGAGAGCGGGAAAGGUACAAUAGAAGAGUAUAAUGAAGCUAUUAGUAAUGAACAUAGGAACGAGAAUUUUAGUAAAGAUGGGAUGAGUGGCAUAUGUCCGACAGUAGGUAUGGAAUUUGAUUCAGUAGAUGAAGCAUAUAAUUUUUAUAAUCAGUAUGCAGGGAAAGUAGGGUUUAGUGUAAGGAAGUACUCGACGAGUAAAUCUCAUAGGACUAAUGAAAUAAAUGGUCGCUCGUAUUGUUGUUCGCGUCAAGGUGCACGUGAUUCUAGAUGUAAACCUAUAGAAGAAUGUUUAAGAAAGAGUAAACAGACUAAUUUGAGGACUGGGUGUAAGGCAAUGAUGUGUAUAAGAAAAAGAAAAGAAGAUAAAUGGGUUAUUUCUCGCAUUGUAGAAGAGCAUAAUCAUAAGCUUGCGGGUGUAAAUGAGAGACAUAAACUGAGAUCGAUAAAGAGGAUAGCAAGUGACCAAAGGGAUAUGUUACAGAAAAUGCAGCAGGCUGGGUUAAGGUCGGAUCUCAUGACGACUUUUAUGAACCUUGAAGGAAGAGGAAGUAGUGUUAGUAGUGGUGUUAUUGGAGGUGAAGUAAGGAAGUUUUUGAGUAUAAAACAGCAGAGGGAGCUUAUAGAGGGAGAUAUAGAAGCUAUACUUCAUUACUUUGAGUGCCAGCAAAUUGAAAAUCCAGCAUUUUUUCACUCAAUCCAAGUUGAUUCAGAGGGUCAAAUGACAAAUUUCUUUUGGACUGAUGCUAGAGCAAGGAUUGAUUACCAUUAUUUUGGAGAUGUGGUUUAUCUUGGUUCGUCGUACGGAAUAAGCAUAUGCGGGUUACCGUUUGUUCCAAUUUUAGGCAUCAAUCAUCAUUCUCAAGCAGUGUUAUUUGGUGCAGCAUUGCUUUACACUGAAUCAGAAGAGUCUCUUGAGUGGGUAAUUAAAACAUGGAUGAUGUCGAUGAAUGGUAAACAACCUAAAGUGAUUCUUACAGAUCAAGAUUCAACAGUAGAAGAAGUUAUAAAACGCGUCUUACCAGGUACUCAUCACAAAUAUUUUGUAUGUCAUAUCAGUGAAAGUUUUACGAAGAAAUUACCCCAAAUAAUACAUGCAAAUAAAAAUUUCUGUCAUGACUUCAACAAUUGUUUGCAUAACUAUGAGACUGUUGAAGAGUUUGAGUCUAACUGGUUGGCUAUGAUUAAAAUGUACAACUUAGAAAAUGAUAGCUGGUUAACGGAACUAUUCGAAAAGCGGGAAAAAUGGGCACCAGUUUACUUCCGCGGCAUCUUUUGUGGACCUAAACCUACAUCUCAACAUAGGGAUGUUUUUAGUAGUUUCUUUAGCGGAUACUUGAAAAUGAAUACGAACCUCCUCGAUUUUCUCAAGCAAUAUGAAAGCGCAGUGAUAGCAAGGAGAGAGGUAGAGAAGGAAGAAGAUUUUGAGACCAACCAUAAAAUUCGAGUUUUGAGAUCAUCUAUGGAAAUCGAGAAGGAUGCAGCAACUGUUUACACAAGAUCAAUCUUUCUUAAGUUUCAAAAUGAGUUGUUUGAAGGUCUGUCACACCGCCAUAAAAAGAUUGAGGAGAAAGGAACAAUGUCCACAUAUUAUCUAUGGAAGUUGGGACAUGAGCAAGCAGCAUAUACUGUCUAUUUUAACUGUUUAGACAGUAGUGCCAACUGUAGCUGCCAGCUGUUUGAAUCUGCCGGAUACUUGUGUAAACAUAUCCUGAAGAUUUUUGUAGUCGAGGAUGUACAGAACCUUUUGCCCCAAUAUAUAUUAAGGAGGUGGACAAAAGAUGCGAAGAUUGGGCCCUUAGUAACUGAUGAAAAUGAAGAAACACAUUCUAUUCGGAACAAUGCUGUUUCUGUUCGAUACAACAAACUGUGUCAAGAGGCUCUGAAUGUUGCAGCGAAGGGUGCCACAUCUAUUGAGGCAUAUAGGGUUGCAAUUACUGGCCUGCACAACACAUUAAAAGAAGUGGAAACUAUGAUUAGGUGUGGAACUCUUAGACCCGCUGAGCAGAAUAAAGUAGAUGAAAUUGGGCAUAGCUAUAAAGGAAGCUCGCGAAGCUGUUCAGAUGCCAGUAACAAUGCCUUAAUCCAAUUAAUUUGAAUCAUCGUUGGUUAAGUAAAACCUCGGUACAGUCCAGUUUUAAGGGCACUUAAGAGUACAUGAGCCAAUGGAAUUGAGUUCCUGCUGCUUGUUGAAAACACAUUCUUCCCUCUGGGUUUUUUCUUUAAAGAUGAACCCUGAAACCUAUUGCUUUUCCGCAUUGGUUGGCAACUGAUUACUGAGGACCACCAAAUAGUGAGCAACUGAGCAUACAGCUGCGGCAUUUUGACCAGGUUGACAACGACAAGAUUGUCAUUGUAGAUACCCAUGUUCCGUAAUGGUGGCCUAUAUUAUUACUGCUCAGAAGUCUCCGUCGCAGUAUGUAUACUUAAACAUUCACGUUACAGUGUAUUUCAGGUUUACUUAUAAGCUGCAAUUAGUCUUUGGUGACGUGACAUCAAACACGAUUACAAAAUAAACAACUAUCAAGAACAUCCACGCAUAGAUGAGAUGGGUUGAGCUCUAAGAACGUCAAAUGCUCAAUAACAAAUUGAGAGCUCACAAUAUCAAUCUGUGGAAUUCAUGCUUAGAGUGUUGCUAUUAUGGCACCCUCAAACCCUGCUGCUGCUUUUCUUUUACGUGUUCUUCAUUUAUUGUCUUCUCUGUAUAAUGUUGGACACUUCUUCAUCUAACUUCUCUCCUAAAGUUUUCAAUUUUAUUGAGAUAUUCAUGUGAGGAACUUCUUGCAAA